CGCCAUAAGGCAUUUUACUUUGAAGCGUCGCCUUAUUGACCGGAUAUGUGCGAAUCAUUGUACAGAGGCUUACGCCACUGGUGCUCGCUUUCUGUGAUGGCUGCACGGGACCAUAUCAGCCAUGUUUGCUAAAUUAAAACCCAAAGGUUAGGCAAGAGUUGUGUAUUAUUUAUCGCGGUGCCAUCUUCGCUCCGAGCCAUCUACGACGCGGGGUACAGACACCCGUGCAUUCGAGAUCCACGGAACGAAAGGUUUGCAGGAUUGGAGUGAGAUCUCAAUACAAGUUUCGAUCUCGCAGGGUGGGAAGAUGAUGCUCUGCGAAAACUGCUCAUGGAGGCAAAUAAUCAUUUCAACUAUGGCACCCAUUCCUCACCAAACUCAGGACUGAAACGCUCCUCAGGGGAUUCCCAUUAUACUAAUGGUUCCUCCAUGAGUUUUCCUCAGCAAGGAAAGAAUAUGAAUGGCGAAAUGAAUGUGAAUGGCGUCACUACUGCGCUCGGGUCUGGGCCACCUGCUUCCCAACCACCUUCCAGUCCUUAUCCGCUUAUCAGCAACCACCUUCAGAGCAGCAUGGGCUACCUGUGGGGAGGACACCCUCAGUUCAGUCCGGGCAUGGCCGCGUCUGCCGUGCACGGCGUGCAUCAGAAGCAGCCGACACCGGGCAUUGUACAGCCUCAGUCACAUCACUUCCAGGCUCAAGGACCAUACCAACUGAAUGGGGAUGUGGAUAACUCCCAACAGUCGCUUCUGGCAGGCCCAUCAAACAUGCCCCCUACUAGCAGUCAGUUUUGGAAUAGAAGUAACCCAGCCCCACAGAGUGCUGCUUACACUUCACGCAGCAUGUUUGGGACAUAUGAGAGUCAGGCACAUCGUGGCAUUUCUCCGCCACAACAUAACCAGCAAGUGUCCCCUCCAUCAUCACAGCAUCACCUCCACCCCAACCUGCGACCACCAAUUCACCUCACGCAACAUUACGGCGUGUUGUCGAACGGGAUGCCGUACUACCAGCAGCAGCAUGUAUCUCUGACGUCUCCCCAGCACCCAAAGCAAUCUACAUCACAAGUGCAUAUGCGGGAGGAAAGCAAGGAGCCAAACAAAGGCUCUAGCCGCACAGAGGAGACAGCUGCUGCUACCAGGCCACCCAACUCUUCAUCGACUUCUGUCAGACAUGUGAGGGAACAUGAAAGUUCUGAGAAGCUAAUUGUGCAACCACCAGAGGGCGUAAGAGUGACUGCAGCAAGCACACCACCUCGGGCACUCGCUGCACCUUUAACAUCUGCAGCAGCAUCUCAGAAUAAGAUGUCUAGUGCUCCUGCAAUUGAUUCUCCCAUGGCUUCCCCUGCAUCAUCUAUUGGUUCUCACCCUGAUAUCAAAUCUACUCCACCCCAGGCAUCAACUCCUUCCCCCAGGCAUUCCUCACCUCCUCUUCCUUUUGCUACUGAGAUGACACUUCCUGGAUCGAAACAUCUCGUGGUAGGGUCCUUGUCUUCCUCCUCAUCUACAACACAUCCAAAGUACUGCCCACCUCCAGGCUUGACUGACAGUGUUUCCGGAGAUGCCCAGCAUCAGUCUAUUUCUAGAUCAAUUACAGCAGUCUUAACACCUGCUAUUGUGUCCACAUCAUCAUACUCUGGUUCUACACCCAUCUCAUCUCUUCAACAAAUGGUCCAAGGCUCUAAGAUCCCCCUGAUGCCAGCUGUACCAUCAAACUUAUCAAAAUGUGAUUCAUCAGGAAGCAUUCGUUCUUCGACAGGGUCGUCUCCUGACAUGUCUCAAUCGACACAGGGAAUGCCUUCUACUGUUGUUAAACCCCAGCAUGACUCUUUGUACUCUGCCGCAGCUGUUGGUUCUGGUCACGCCAACGUCUCUGUAUCACCAACACCAGAGGGGCUUAAUUCACCUUCCCUGUCAGCCCGUGACAGUCCCUCAGCCAGCCCUCUCAUUACCCUACCUCUACGAACCACGCAAAGUACCGGAACUGCACCGGUUUUGAACCCUCCUGCCUUGGCAUCUGUGCCUCCUGCGACAUCUUCCAAAAGGAAUCAGAGUUCUGACUCUGGGCAGAAUCCUUCUACUUCAUCUUCUGUCAGUGUGCUGAAUCAGUUACUUGUGUUGCCAGAGCACCAGGGUCACAGUAACAUGGAGAAAGACUUCGUACAUGGAAAGGGUACAACGGGGGAAGUAUGUCCCACUAAUGUAGAGUCAAGCAAAGGGAGAACGCACAAAGUUUCUGAUCCUCAGAAAUCAUCUGAUCUUCCAGGGCAACAUUUGCCGAGUGAGCAUGAGCCCAGUAACAAACACUCCUCACUGAUUGUUGAAACCAGUUUUGACCACUCUUCGCUCUCUUCCCAAUAUGGGGAAAGUUCAGGCACGCCAGCAAGAAUUCAUAUCAGUUCCUUCUUGGAUAAGUCCUUUGCUAACAGCACCCCAAAUAUACGUGACUCCAGAAGCUUUGGCAACGGCUUUCAUUCUGGAAAUGCCAGUUCUCAGUUUGCCAGCAUUUGCCAUACAGAAGAACAACGAUCUUCUCUUUAUGAGACAACUGGAGAUGGUAGCUCAUCUAUGGACUAUUCAAGCCUGAACUCCACCCAGGAGCGUGAAAGGUCUGAGACAGGAGAGUCCAUGCUGGAGUCUUCACUCAACAAUGCUUCAUUUGGACCCUCUCAACGACAUCACCAAGAGACCGGACCGGACUGGAUUCCUGUUGGUCUUCAUGCACCAGACCCUAAUGCCACUGCAAUCGAGUUCAUUUCCACUCCAAGUUGCAAGACGAGGGAUGAGAAUUUUAUCGCCUUCAGUACACCAGCACACAGACCUGCUGAGCACUCACUGCAGCCAGUUGCAGAUCAGGUUUUUUCAGCCACUGGAGGCUCUCUGAAAAGCCCAGUAAAACCUUGCAAACCUCAGUCGCCAAAGGCAUUAUGGAUUAGAAAAUCAGCUCCCAAGGAGGCAAAGAGAAGACCUCGUGGUCGAACACCUAGGGUGGACAAGAUCGAUUCUGCAGAUGGGGAAAACAAAGAGGAGGGAGCCAAGGGAAGGAAGAGAAAGGUGUCGCUCAGACCAGAGCAGGUCACAGAAACAUCGAACAAAUGCGACCAGAUUCAGCCUCCAUCUGAGGAGAUUGAUUCAAUCACAGCCACAAUUGAAGCAGUUCUUGCCAACACAUCAGCUAUCACUUUACCCUUUGAGAAAUCCAAGAAGAUUAAAAGAGCGAAGAAACAUGAGCAAGAUGGAAAGGAUGAUAGCACACAAAAUGAUGAUACUGGAGAAGCUGCCAGUGAUGCAGAGGACAACGUAGAUGAAACGUCCACGUCAGGCAGAGGUACAUCUGUCAAGAGGAGGGUUGCAACAGAACAGCAGGUCCAGUUCCCUCUGCUGCAUGGAUGGAAAAGAGAGAUCCGUGUGAGGAAGUUGAAUGAUCGCAUGAGGGGGGAAACCUGGUAUUACACACCUUGCGGAAGAAGAAUGAAGCAGUUCCCAGAGGUUAUCAAGUACUUGAAGAAACACCAGGGUGGUAUCGUCACCAGGGAACACUUUAGCUUUAGUCCGAGGAUGCCUGUCGGAGACUUUUAUGAAGAAAGGGAAAGUCCUGAGGGUGCGAAGUGGUUUCUUUUGGCUAAUGAGGAGAUUCCCUCUAUGAUCAUGGCCAUUACUGGCAGGCGAGGUCGACCGCCGAACCCUGAAAAAGAGAAACUGAACAGGCUUGGUGGGCCGAAAACAGGGCAGGCCCGCCGCCCAGGUAGACCACCCAAACCCAAGAUGAUUGACUUCCUUAGUAAAGUUGAUGCCAAGCUUUUGCAGAGACUGGAGGAUAAGGAGUCACUCACAGAGGAAGAAAAGGAGAAAAUGGCAAAAAUCAAGAAGAAAAUGAAGAGAAAGGCCAGAAUCAGGAGAAGAGAGGAUGCGAAAAUGAAGAAAAUCAGAGAGGACAAAAAGAAAGCCAAGAUUUUGGAAAUGCAGGCUGAACCCCAAGAUUCUGGAAGCCCACAGACAAAUGAGCUUUCAUCACAGCCAGUUGAUGAGCCCAGGAAGCCCGGUCGCCGAAGAUCUGUCAAGGUUGAGACUCCUCCUCCUGUUCAGCAGACUGAUGAAGAGAGAAUAGCUCAGGGCAAGAGGGUGCUGAGUGCUCGUGGUAAAGCCAAGGCUCUGGCCAAAGUUCAAGCAGAGGCAGAAGCAGCAGCUCGGGCUGCCCUGGCAGCGAAGAAAAACGCAGAAAGGAGAGUGCAGACACAAAGACGUCUGGAGGAACGUCGAAGGCAACAGCUAAUUAUCGAAGAGCUGAGGAAACCCACUGAAGAUAUGUGUCUCACUGAUCACAAACCCCUGCCAGAGCUUUCCCGUGUCCCAGGUGUGAUUCUUUCUGGCACUGCUUUUGCCCACUGCCUGGCUGUGGUAGAGUUCCUUCAUGCUUAUGGAAAGCUGAUUGGCCUCAAUGUACCAAAAGACAUCCCCAGCCUUGCAACCUUACAAGAGGGUCUACUUGACGUGGGUGAAAGCCAGGGGGAGGUCCAAGAUUUGCUCAUAAAACUAAUGGAAGCGGCACUCCGUGAUCCUGGCCUGCCAUCAUAUUAUCAAUCAGUAAAGAUCCUUGGGGAAAAGCUGGUUGAUCUCCAACUGACUCGCAGCACGGUUUCAGAGGUGCUGCGCAUCUUUCUGGAAUCUCAUGGCUAUGAGACAGAAGUGUGCAACACAUUGAGGACCAAGUCUUUCCACACCUUGCCUCCAGAAACCAAGGCAGCCGUGCUGGGUUUUGUGGUAGAGGAGCUCAACGGUAGCAACAUAGUGACAAGUGACAUUGACAAUACACUGGAGAACAUGUCGACUUACAGGAAGAAUAAGUGGAUAAUUGAGGGGAAACUUCGCAAGCUCAAGGCGGCACUCGCCCGUCGCACCGGCCGCUCCGAAGAAGAACUGUGUUUAGAAGAAAGACGACGUAGUGCCCGAGUGGCUGAAGAAGCCAACCUUGGUCUGGAGGAGAGUAUUCUGGAGAGAAGCAACCGCCGUGGUCGCAAAGAGGAACCUAAAACAAGUGAUAGUGAAAGCCCUAACAAUGCCAGCGUACAUGAGCUAGAAAGGCAGAUAGAUAAACUCAACAAGCGCCAAGCUUUCUUCCGUAAAAAGCUGCUUCAGACAUCUCAUUCCAUGCGGGCAGUAAUCUUGGGCCAAGAUCGUUACAGGCGGAGGUACUUGGCGCUACCUCAUCUUGGAGGAGUUUUGGUUGAGGGUCCUGAAGAGCUUCUGACUUCAGGUGAUGUUGUUAUAGCAGAGGUGCCAGUCACGUUCCUCCAAAAGGAGCCCAAAAAAGAGGAGGUUCCUGUGAUUACUACUCCACCUCAUAGUACACCUUCCUCACCUACCCCUCAAACCCAGAUAUUGUCCCCAGAUGAAGACGCCCUCCCUGGCACCGCAUCACUUAUGAGCACACCAAAAGGACGAGGUCGUCCUCGAAAAAUCAAACCCGAAGUGGAGCUCCACCUCCGCACAGCAAAAAUACGGCGCCAGCGACGAAGUAGUGUCAGGUCAAUGGGCGGAGAAGAUGUGCCAGGGUCUCCAGUCUCCACAGUCACUACAUGUACUCAAGAUCUCUCGCAGUCUGCGUUCCUAAAUUGGCUGAGCCAAUCGAGGCAUGCAGUACCUGAUGAAACUGACACCACAGAACCUCUAGAGGGCAGCCAACCAAUGGAGAAUGUGAAGGAUGAGGCGGAAAAUCGAGAGGACCAGUGCUUCAAACAAGAAAGUGAUAACAGCACAAUUGACACCCCUCAGAUGCAAAGUACAAUUCCCACAGAUGAUGCUCCACUCAGAGAGUCGGACAUGCUCAUGGCAUCUGGAGGUGAAGCUCCUACUGCCCCAGAUACACCGGUGCCACCAGAGGAAGUUCCCUCUGCACCACAAACCUUUCCAGAUUGUACGCCUCCGCUGCCUACUACCCUUCCAUCCGCUCAAACCACCCCUGCAGCACGGACUCCGACCACCCGCGCCAGGCCAGGCCGGAGACGGAGAAGGGGCAGUAGAGGCAGUAGCCCAGCCCGCAGGGGGCCGCGUGGUGGCGCAGCUAAACGCAGAGGUCGCCCUCCCACUUCUGUUUUCCAAGAACUUGAGCAGCAGUACUUUAUACAGUUGGUAGUUAAACCCAUACCUGCAUCAAUGGUGCGUGGCUGGUGGUGGAUCAAGGAUCCAGAAGAACUUUUUAGCACACUGCAGGCUCUACAUCCACGAGGCGUUCGAGAAAAGGUUCUCCAUAAACAUCUGGCCAAACACAUGGAGAGUUUAACGGAGAUGUGCUCCAAAUCCAUCAAUGAUCCUAUUUUUGAGUUGAAAGAAGAGAAGAAGGAGCGGCUGCUUGAAGCCCUGCAGCAGCCUUGGCAAGUACAGGAUAAAGCAAUGGAGACGGACAAUAGCGUCCUCCGGUGGGUGGAGGACCUAGAGCAGCGAGUGUUUGCUGCAGACCUCCAUCUUAAGGCGGCUCCUCAGAGCCUCAAUGAUGCUGAAUCUAAGACAGACGCACCAGCUGUAGAAUUUCAGGCCUAUGCAGUCCCAGAGCGGGACUCCACCCGGGCUGACCUCCAGUAUUACGAACACGACACUGAUCCACGUGACGACUGGAUCGUCCGAACCAAGAAGGAGUGGUCCGGCUUACCUCGCAUCGCCACUCACCCGCUGGACUUAGCCGUGCUGCGUCUCGCCAAUCUUGAGCGGAACAUCGAGAGGCGCUACCUGAAGGAGCCGCUCUGGAACCUGGCUGAUGUGAUGCGCCUCGCUCCUCUUACGCCGACACCAGGAGAAGAGCAACCUAUGGAUGUCAUCAGUCUUGAAAGCGAGAUCACGUCCAGGCUAAGAACUUGGCGGCAAGCUCUAGAUCGCUGCCGCAGCGCCCCCCAGUUAUGUCUGUGUUUGUUGCAGCUCGAGAAAGCUAUUGCCUGGGAGAGGUCCGUUACUAAAGUGACGUGCCAGAUCUGCAGAAAAGGUGACAAUGAUGAUUGCCUACUUCUGUGUGACGGCUGCGAUCGGGGUUGUCACAUGUACUGCCUGAAGCCCAAGAUCACGCAGGUGCCCGAGGGCGACUGGUUUUGUCCAACUUGUGUUGCCAAGGAGGAAAGUGAAUCACCGCAGUCCAAAAAGCGGACCCGGGUGAAAAAGAAGCGAUACGAAGAAAACAGCUCUGAUGACGAUACAACAACACGAAGGAGCUCGGGCAUGUCAACGCGGCACAAGGACACGGCGACCGCCACAGCGGCGGGCGCCUCCUCAUCUUCAUCUUCGCGUCACUCGGUAGACGGAGGGGCUGCCAAACGGCGUCGCAUGACAACACGUAACCAGCCGGACCUCACCUUCUGCGAGAUCAUCCUAAUGGAGAUGGAGGCUCACGCAGAUGCCUGGCCGUUCCUUGAGCCGGUUAACCCCCGACUGGUGCCGGGUUACCGCCGCAUCGUCAAAAACCCCAUGGACUUCCUUACAAUGAGAGAGAGACUGCUGCAAGGAGGGUACUGCAGCUGUGAGGAGUUCUUGGCUGAUGCUCAGCUGGUCUUCAACAACUGUGAGCUGUUCAACGAGGACACGUCUGAAGUGGGGAUGGCAGGACACUCCAUGAGGCGCUUCUUUGAGAGCCGAUGGGCAGAGUUCUAUUCAAACAAGGAGAAAUAGACGCCCGCAACGUUGUUGACUGUUGGUGCUUCGUCAACCCUGCGAGAGAUGUUACUGAUAAGACUCAGGAGGGUUCUCCAGCUAUGUGUAUUUUUCAUGUAUAGAUAUCUCUGUGUAGAACUGGGUAUUUUUCCCGCUUUUGUUUUCCCCCCGCUGGGCUGGUCUUAUAAGCCUGCAACUGAACAGACUUGAACUUGUUUGUUUUUUUGGUCCUCACCAGUCUGCUGUGUGCCCUCCUCCACACCCUUUCACAAGUUUUUGCAUCAAUCUCCUCUCGGGCAAGGACUGUCUAUUCGGACGAUUUGGCUCUCCCAUUUUUCACUGCAUUUUACCACUUGAGCGACUUCGUACUGGACCUGCAUAGUAUCCCACAGCAAAAGAGCUUGGCCAUUUCUUACACGUUCAAAUGAAUUGUAAUGGGGUCUUAUGCCUAGAAGUUUUUUUGCUCAAUAUAUUUUUAUUAUAUAUUCUAUAUAUAAAUAUAUAUGAAGAUGACAAUAGCUGGGAUUAUUUAAUAGCAAUAGCUUGUAGUGAAUGUGUACAGAUGAACUCAUAGAUUUGUCUAGACGAUUAACGACAAAGGCCAGUUAAACUAGAAAUCUUGAGUAGUUUUUGCGUAAUCUCCACUCAGCUGCGCGCACGUCACAAACUUGAUAUCUGUCAAGUCGAUAUGGAUUUCACUGUCAAGUUGAGCAGCAGGCUGUACACUGUUUGUAUAACUGCUACUUGCACUAUUAGGUUUCUUUAAAGGAUCUGUUUUAGUGGCAACCCACCCAAAACACUGGCGAAUAUGAGACAAAAAUGCCAGUUGCGUGUAAGUAAAUUAUAGUUGUUGUAAAAGACGAGUAUUUGAAAAGGUGCAAACACCCAACGUCUGUCAUCUUGAUAUUGUACAGAGUAGAAUUGAGGAAGAGCUCAAGCACUGGCUACAUUCCCGCCCGGUUGCAUUCCUGGUUUCCGUCGCUUUUUGCGCUGUUCGUUGAUCAGCGCAGGAUGAGGCACUGCUUGUGAUGUGACUGCGGCAGGACCACACUGCAGUCCAGCUUUUAUUUAAAAUCAUUUUUUACACUGACCUCAGAUCAGCUCGUAGAAAAUAUACAUUAUUCCUAUUGAGAAAAAAAAAAAAGACCAGAAAACCAAAUGUGGUGUUAUGUGACUUUUUAAUAAUGUACAGUUUUGGUGACCUGAAAUUUUGUUCCUUUAUAUUUUUAGGACCAAUUCAUUUUUAACAGGAUGUAUUAAGACUGUUGUAUUAAGGUGAUGUAACACGUGUGCAUCUGUAGAAUGUACUGUGAGUUGAAUUAAAAAAAAAAAAUCUAGUA